UUUCACGAAUAUUCCAACAUUAAAAAUUUUUAUUGUCACAGUAACAUCCUACGACUUUUAUUUUUGUUUUUCCCAUACAUAUGAUUAUGUUUUCCUCUCCCUGAAACACACCAACCAACCAAGCCAUGGAUCCAAACUUCGAAACCACCUUCAAAUUCGAUGACAAUGGUAACUUACUCUCUCUCGAUGAUUUCACCACCACUGAUUCUUAUUUCUAUCUACCUCAUCUUCCUCCACCCGAGUUUGCUCCGAGUUGUUCUAACUCGGAGCCACUCGUUUCACCUACCACUGAUCCUUCCGUUGAAGACACUGAUUUUUCAGAAACAGUGAAAUACAUAAGCCAGAUUCUCAUGGAAGAGGAUUUUCAACAAAAACCUUGCAUGUGUUAUGACCCUCUUAGUCUCCAACAUACUGAGAAAAUUUUCUUUGAUGCUUUGGAAUCAAAACUGCCUCUGCCUCUGCCUCUUUCACCUAAUCAACACCCUCUUGAUUCUGGUAACAGUUCUGGUUCUAAUGAGUUGAAGCCUCUUUCUAGUCCUGAUACACCGGUUUCAGGUGAUUCUGGUUUUAAUUCAGUUUCUUAUGUGAAGUCUCAAUUUAUUGGUUUGAAUAGUAGUAGUAAUAAUAACAGUAAUAAUAUAAGUGAUGGUGUUUUGGAUUUGGAUUCUUCUGAGACUAAGCUUUUGGCUCAGAAUAUUUUUAGUGAUGCUGAUUCUAUGUUGCAGUUUAGAAAAGGGUUGGAGGAAGCUAGUAAGUUUCUUCCUCAAAAGCCUCAGCUUUUUACUGGUUUUGAGAGUGGUAAGACUAGUUUAGUGUCUCAAGAGGCUAAGGGGGGAGUGGGAGGUAUAAAGAUGGAGGAUAGUGUUAGGGAGAAUUCAAAUUUGAAUUCGAAUUCGAAUUCGAAUCUGAGUUAUUCGGUUUUGAGUAAUUCGAGUUCGUAUGGUUUAUUGAAGAGUAGGAAGAAUCACGAGCGUCAAGGUAGUGAAGAUGAAGAAGGGAGAAGUAACAAACAAUCAGCGGUUCGCGUUGAGGAAACUGAAAUAUCUGAGAUGUUUGAUAGGGUUUUGCUUAGUGUUGAAAAUGUGCCGCUGUGUGCUGAACAAAAGGAUGGAUCGGUGAUGGAGAGUAGCGCAGAGGUUCGUGAGCUUGAUGGAGGGAAGGCGCGUUCGAAGAAACAAGGGAGGAAAAAGGAAGCUGUGGAUUUGAGGACUCUUUUGGUUCUUUGUGCACAAGCUGUGUCUGGUAAUGAUAACCGGACUGCUAAUGAAUUGUUUAAGCAGAUUCGGCAGCAUUCUUCUCCUUCGGGUGAUGCUUGUCAGAGGUUGGCUCAUUACUUUGCGAAUGCGAUUGAAGCACGCAUGGUUGGUGCCGGUACUGGUACAAAGAUAUUAUAUAUGAGCCAGAAGAUGAUUAAUGCUGCUGAUUACUUGAAAGCAUACCAAGUUUUUAUAUCUGUUUGCCCUUAUAAAAAAUUUGCGCAUUUCUUUGCAAAUAAAAUGAUACUGAAAACUGCUGAAAAGGCGGAAACACUUCACAUUAUUGAUUUCGGUAUCUUAUAUGGUUUCCAAUGGCCAAUUCUCAUCAAGUUUCUGUCAGAAAGAGAUGGUGGACCUCCCAAGCUUCGUAUCACCGGAAUAGAGUAUCCUCAAGCUGGCUUUCGACCGGCUGAGAGAAUCGAGGAAACUGGACGGCGUUUAGCUAACUAUUGUCAGCGUUUCAAUGUUUCCUUUGAAUACAAGGCCGUACCAUCGCGAAACUGGGAAACCAUUCAAGUCCAAGACCUUAAUAUUAAGAGCGAUGAGGUAGUUGCUGUGAAUUGUCUGGUAAGGUUUAAGAAUUUACAUGAUGAGACAAUUGAAGUGAGCAGUCCUAAAGACGCGGUUCUGAAGUUAAUCAGGAAGAUAAACCCGAGUAUAUUUGUUCAAUCUAUAGUAAAUGGAUCAUACAAUGCCCCUUUCUUUGCCACACGCUUCAAGGAGUCACUUUUCCAUUAUUCUGCAAUGUAUGAUAUGUUUGACACUCUCAUACCCCGUAAAAACGAAUGGAGGCUGACGAUCGAGAAAGAGCUUUUGGGUCGGGAGAUUAUGAAUGUUGUAGCAUGUGAAGGUUUUGAGAGGGUUGAGAGGCCCGAGUCAUACAAACAGUGGCAGGUGAGGAAUCUACGGGCCGGUUUUAGGCAGCUCCCACUUGAUAAGGAGAUAAUGGUCAAAUUUAGAGGUAAGCUAAGAGAAUGGUACCACAAAGAUUUUGUCUUUGAUGAAGAUAACAACUGGAUGCUUCAAGGUUGGAAAGGCCGCAUUUUAUAUGCUUCGACUUGUUGGGUGCCUGCAUAAUGAUAUGAUACCGAACUCUUAGAAACUUGUUUGAGAACUCAUAUUGGUUUGAAGGUUCAGAUAUGCGCUAUGCCUUAUUUGCUUCACCUUCAGGUGUGUGAUGGAUAUUUUUCCAAGAUUUGCGCCAACUCUGUAUAAUUACGCUAGAAGUUCUUUCCAGGUUUGCACCGAAUUUCGCGCUUACAGAGAGAGCCUGACAGAUUAGUAGUAGUAUCUGUUUAAACUGUUAGCAAUUUAGCAUACCUUCCCAAAUAUUAGCAAUUAAAAUUUUUUUAAUUGUUUUUUCCGGUCUGUGACCAACAUCUGUAUAAACAAGUUGGCGAAAAGGUUUUGUAGGAUAUUUUCGAUGAAAUAAACAACCUUUUAAGUUGACAAGUUUAUUAAGUUUGAAAUAGACGAUUAUUUAUCAGUUAGUUUCACGAUGACGAUUCUUGUUACUUGGAUACUGAUUCUGACAUAUGAGCUUAAUUCAGUUCCCACUUCAUUGGAUUAUGUACUUUGCUGGAAUGCUGUUUGGUUGACAAAUGGAUAUUUUUCAAUUAAAAGAUACAUUCCAGUAGGAUUUGGCAUUGACUUCUCAACAGAAAAUUUCAAUUUUAAUCAGCUGUGUAUGAUUUUUUUUCUUAUUUAAGUACUACUGCUUCGAAAGUGUUGAAGUACUAUAUGACUUUGGUCUGGACCAUGAAACUUAGCUCAGGGAUAUGGUCUAUGACUUUGGUUGGAUCAGAAAGUCUUUUUUCUCUCUCCUUUGGUCUAGAUUUCUUGCUUACUCUUUAUUGUGCUGUGUUCAUAUUAUGAAAUCUGCAAUUCUGAGUUUUGCCACCAAGUCCUCUCUCUUUUUCACAACACACUUGCAGUAGCAUUCUUUCAUUGUCUCUGCGUGUAUAGAGUGUAGACAUGAUAACAAGCUACAUAUGUUGUGUUUGGAUCUGUGAUGAAAAAAAAAGAUUUUGAAUGAAUUGCUUCUGUAAAUUAAUUAUAGCUAAAAGUGUGAUGAAGAUAAAGGAAUUUAUGUUUGGAUAAAAUUAUGGAUUUUUACCAACAAUUUUGAAAUAUGCAGUAUUGAUGUAUGUAUUUAUUAUAAGAGAAGGAAAUAUUGAAGAAGUUGUUUUAUUUUAUCAAGUGAUAUUUGCUUCUUAUAUAGAGUGAAUGUGAUGGUUUUAGAGAUUUUCUAAAACCUCUCUAUAAGACCACUAACAUGAUAUGCGAGUUUAUUUGAAUAGACAAUAAAUAAUAAAGAUAAAUAAGAUUAAUUUAAUUUUCUAACACGCCCCGUAAGUCGGAUGACUGUCGAGAAAGUCUGAGCUUGUUGAUGAUGAACUUAAAUUGUAGACGGAGGAGAGGUUUCGUCAGAACAUCGGCGAGCUGGUCACCAGUGGAGACACGAGUUACUCGGAAAACACCGUGUUGCACAUUCUCCUGAACAAAGUGAUUGGCGAUGACAACGUGUUUCAUUCUGGAGUGGAAUACAUGAUUGGAUGAGAGAAAGAUGGCGCCCGUAUUACAACAAUAUAUGGCAGGUUGGCGGAUUCGAUGGUGGAGCUCUUUGAGGAUAGACAGGAGCCAGAUAACUUCGGAUGUGGUGUCUGCGAGGGCUCGAUACUUGGCUUCAAUGUAGGAACGAGCCACAACACUCUGCUUUUUGGAACCCUAAAAGAUAGGGGUGGAACCGAGAUAAAUGAUGAACACGGUUGUGAAGAUGUAAUUGUCCCUGUCCCCAGCCAAGUCAUAAUCAAAAUAGGUAUUUAAUGUUGUGGAUAAAAAAACGACUAUGCCCUUGUCGAUAGUUCCGACGAGGUAAUAAAGCAUGCAUUUGAGAGCAACCCAGUGAGGUAAGGUGGGAUGUUUCAUAAAUUGGGACAAUCUAUUGACUGCAUAUGCAACAUUGGGACGGGUUAAGCUAAGGUAUUGCAAGAUGCUGACGAUACAUCGAUAAUCAGUGGGUAAGGGAAGUGGUCCACCUUUUGUCUUAAGGGGAGUUAAUGCAGAGAAUGGAGUUUUGACUGGUUUAGCAUCCUUAAUGCAAGCUUUGAUGAGUACGUCACUGGCAUAUUUUCGUAAAGACAAAAAUAGGCCGCCAGAAUAAUGUGGGAUGACUUCAACAUCCAACAAAUAUGACAGCGUGCCUUGAGCGAUGAACAAGGCGUUCAACAAGUUGGGUGACGACUGUGUUGGUGUUCCGAUGACGUUAAUGUCAUCCACAUAUAUCAAUAAGGCAAGAAAGAUUGACUCACUGGAAUGGAUGAAAAGUGACGCAUCUGCGGCAGAGGUGACAAAACCAAUUUGGAGUAGAAAGAAGCGAAGUUUAGUGUACCACGCUCUUGGUGCCUGUCCAAGACCAUGUAGGGACUUGUUGAUCCAACAAACGUUGUUGUAAUGAGAUGGAUAUGUGAAGUCUGGCAGUUGGCAUACGUACACCUCCUUAGAAAGCGAACCUUGCAAGAACGCAUUGUUGAUGUCGAGUUAAUGCAAGCGCCAACCCUUGGAGAAACCCAAUGUGAUGAUGGUUGUGACGGUAACCGGUUUGACCACGAGGCUGAAUGUCUCAUGGAAAUCCCAUAUGGGCUGUUGAUGGAAGCCCUUUGUGAUGAGCCUUUCCUUUAGACGAUCAAUUGAACCAUCUGGAAGAUUUUUGGUUCGAAAUAACCAUUUGCUACCAACCAAGCUUUGUGUGGGGUCAAGUGGAACUAGAGUCCAUGUAUUGUUGGUGCAUAGGACAUCGUAUUCCUUUUGCAUUGCUUCCCGCCAUACUCGCUUUGGAUGAGGAGUGGCAGAGAGGUUCAUCUUAUGGAGGGGUUUUACUUGCUUUGGGAUUGAGUGACAAUACCACGAUCUAGGAUGAUUUGAGUUGGUGGCGGUGUUAAUUGUGGUUCGGAGAAUGAUGACAAAGAGGUAGAGGAAGUGAAAGCUAAGGGACUGGAAAUAAAGGAUGGUAGAGAUAUGGGUCGACUUAUUUAAGAGAGAGUUGUUGAGUUUGUUGGACUUGGAGAAUUAGGUUGGUUGUUAGUGGAGUUUAGUAAGCCCGAAGUUGGGGUAGGUGGAUAACUAGGAUAUGAUGAGGCCGAUAAGGAUGGAGACAGAGGUGGCCUCAGAUGUGGGUAGGAUGGAUAGUGAUAUGGUGGUCCAAUUUAUAUGGUGGUCCGAAUUUUGUAUGGUUUUGGGUUGUUGCCGAAACAGGAAUUAUGUUUCAACAAAUUUGAUGUGCCUUGAGGUGUAGACUCAUCGGAUUUUCGGGUUCAUGCAAUAGUAGGCAUGUUGAGUGGUGGGGUAACCUACAAAAACACAAACAACAAAUUUAGAUUCCAAUUUAUGAGCUGUAUAUGGUUUUAAUCAUGGAAAACACAAACAACCAAAACUUUUUAACUUAACAUAAUCUUCAUUUUGUUUAAAAAUAAUAGAAAAAGGUGAUUGAUUUUGUAGGGUUGGGGUGAGAAGUUGAUUGAUAAGAUAUACCGCAGUGAGAAAGGUGUGAGUCUAAAACUCGAGUGACAUACCAGAGUGUGUUAGUAGAGCAAGACUAGUUUCGACUAUGUGACGGUGUUAAUGUUUGGAUAUACCGUUGUGUUUGGGAGUAUGUGGUGGUGAAGUAAAGUGACUUAUUCUAUUUUGAAGUAGGACAUUUUAUAGAGCAAUAAGCUCGCCACCAUUAUCAGAAUAGAAGAUUUUGAUUUUUGUUUUGAAGUAAUUUUCAACAAGUGACAAAAAUUUUAUGAAUGUGUUUUGGACAUCAAAUUUGCAUUUAAGGGGAUAAAUCCAAGAAUAUCGUGUAAAGUGAUCAACAAAAACUACAUAAUGUUUUAAUCCAUCAUACAAAAAUAUUGGAGAGGUUCAUACAUCCGAGAAAAUAAAUUCAAAAAAAUAAUUUGAACAAAGACUAGAAUUGUGAAAUGGGAGCUUAUGGCUCUUAUUUAAUUGACAAGAGGUGCAAUCAGAUUGCUCAAUAGUGGGGGAGCUAAUCCGAAGUUGUUGUUGAAUUAUUUUGAAUGUAGCAGCAGAUAGAUGACCUAAGGUGCAAUGCCAUAUUAGGCUGAAGUUGCAGGACAAAGACAGAACUAUAGAGGAGGAGGUGAGCCACACGUAUAAGUCGUGUCUAUAAGGUCCAUUAAGAAGAAUCAUGCCUCUUUUAAGACACUUAACAUGAAAAGAAUAAGGUAAGAAAAUAAUAGCACAAUUCUUUUGAUUUGAAAGUUGAGAAACAAAAAUUAUGUUUUAGUCAUUUGUGGAACACAAAGAGUAUCUGGUAAAUUAAACAUAGAUGCAUAACUGCUAAGCGAAAGAGUUCCAGAGUUAGUGAUUCGCAAACCUUCACCACUUCCCAUGAAUAGUUUGUCCCAACUGUUGUAGCGAUAGUGGAGGGAGAGUCGGUCGAUGUCAUUGACAACGUGGCGUGUUGUACCGCUGUCAACUAUCUAGUUUUGAGAGGUGGAGGCAGUGUGAGCUUGAGAAGGGGAUUAAGGUGCAAUAUUUUUGGGCAUUGUUG